AUGGCUGAUCUUUUGAACGUUCCACCAGAAGACAGAGUGGGUCUCAAGGUUAGAGAUUUAACAGUCACAACGAAACCUACCACUAACAAAAAGAAGAAUCAAUAUGAUGAAGAGAAAGAUGCUGCCAAAUCUCCUUGUAUCCUAAACAAUGUUUCCUUUGAUGUUGAAGCCGGAUCGAUGAUGGCGAUCAUGGGGGGUUCUGGAUCAGGUAAGACCACAUUGUUAAACACGUUAUCAGGUCGGAUGAAUGUUAAGAAUAAGAAUUUGCAAUUUGAUGGGUUUAUUAACUAUUCAGCUGGUGGUGGUGGUGGUGGGAGUCAAUUGACUCAUGUUUCAUCCGCAUAUUUGCUUCAAACAGAUCAUUUCUUACCGGGUUUAACCGUUCUUGAGACCUUGAAGUUCCAAGCGGAGUUACGAAUCUGGUCUAGUAGUUCAGAGGAACGACUUGAGUUGAUCAACUUGUUAUUAGAGAAGUUGGAGUUGACUCAUUUGGCUUCAACUUUGGUGGUGGACUUUACGCACAAGAUCCAUUUGUCCGGUGGUGAAAGACGUCGUUUAUCACUUGCAAUCCAAUUGUUAAGUAGACCCAAAGUCUUAUUCCUUGAUGAACCUACCACGGGGUUGGAUCUGAGCUCCUCCUUGAAGUUGAUUGGCUUGCUUCAAAAGUUCUGCCAGUCACAGGGGAUCACGGUGAUUCUCUCCAUUCACCAACCAAGAUUGGAAAUCACAAACAUGUUUGAUAACAUCUGCUUGCUUACCAGAGGUGGAAGAGUUAUCUAUUACGGUAAUAUUGCCCAAUCCCAAGUCUACUUCAAUGAUCUUAUUCCCCAAGGUUCACUUAGCAACUUGACUUACUCCAACUUUAUUGACUACAUUAUAGAUUUAUCCGUUAAAGACACUUCAACAGAACAAACAGAACAGGCAACCGUUGAUAGAAUCAAUCGUUUGGUGGAGAACUGGACCUCUACAAGAUCUUUUGAUGAUGAACAUAUGGGCAGUACAAAUCAAUUAAAGACGUUGGAGUCAGUCAUUCUUGGAGAUAAGGCUGCUCUUCCCUUCUAUGCCGAAAUAUAUGUUUUGACCAAGAGAAGCUUCAUCACAACUUACAGAGACUACAUGUCUGUGCUUUCACUUGUGCUUGGUGGAGCCUUCCUUGCCAUUUUAUGUGGUUGGAUCUUCUUCAGACCCACACCUGAUUUGGCUGGUAUCAGAUCUUUAACCUCAGUGUUGUAUGUUAUGCUUGAAGUCAUUGGGUUCAGUCCUUUGUUCAUUGAGUUGGAAAGAUUGUGUUACAUCGAUGGGCCCAACUAUGUCAGAGAAAGAACAGAUAAUGUUGUGAGCCCCUUGGGGUUCUUGAUCUCCAGAAGAUUAGGCAAGUUGUUUUUGGAAGACUUACCUACUUCUAUAUUGUUUGGAAUCAUUACUUUCUAUAUGUGGGGAUUGAACUCAGGCACAAGACAAUUUUUCAUUUAUUUGGUGUUCACGGUAGUUAAUUAUUUGACUGGGGUAUCUGUUGCAAUGGUGGCAUAUGCUUUGGCUACUAGUUUCCCUUUAUCAAUUGUUAUUGUAAACAUUACUUAUCAAAUUAUGAAUUUAGGAAGUGGUUAUUUUAUUAAUGCUUCCACAAUGCCUGUCUACGUUAGAUGGGUAAAGUAUAUUGCUUAUUUUUACUACAGUAUGGAAGGACUUGCUUCGAAUCAAUUUACGAAUUGGUACGGUGCUUGUACUGCUGAUGAUCCUCAAUGUGCUGAAUUGAGUGGCUCAAGCGUUUUGAGGAACCUUGGAUUUAAAGAGAAUUACGUUAAUAUUCCCAUAGUUAUUAUUGUUGCCUUCACUAUUGGGCUUCAGUUGAUUGCAUGGGUACAGCUUUACUUCAAGUCGCCUGAAAUGAGUAUGGUGAAAGAAAAGAGGAACAAGAUUGGUGGUAAUGCUGAUGAUGAAUUAUUAUUGGGCAGUAAAGAAUCAGUAGAAGAAGCUGAUCCUUCGAUCGUUGAACAGGAACUUAAAAACACCGAAUUGGAACGGAAAGAAGACUUGAACUCUUUGGAAUUAAACUUGGCUGAAGUUUCUCUAGUUAUUAAAGCCGGUAGAGGUGAAUCUAAGGUCUUACUUGAGAAUAUUCUGGCCCAUUUCAAGGGAAGUGGGUUAAAUGCUAUUAUGGGACCAUCUGGAAGUGGUAAGACUACUUUGCUUAACUAUUUGACCAACAGAUUAUCCACCAAGAUGAAGGUAGAAGAUCUUACAGGGUCUCUUUAUUUGAAUGAUUACUUGGUUAAGGAUACGAAGUCUCUUAUGAAGAUUUCGUCGAUUGUUCCUCAACAAGAUUACUUGCUUCCAACUUUAACUGUACGGGAAACACUAUUCUAUCAAGCUAAAUUGAGAUUGCCACUUGAAGAACACAAGAACAUUCCUAAUUUAAUUAGUUCAUUGAUUAGAAAGACCGGACUUACAGAUUGUGCUGAUUUAAUGAUUGGAAAUGAAGACGUUAAAGGUAUUUCUGGAGGAGAAAAGAGAAGACUUACGAUUGCCAUUCAAUUAUUGAACCGGUCAAAGAUUUUAUUUCUUGAUGAACCUACCUCUGGUCUUGACUCUGCUACGGCUACAAGUAUUUUGCAAUUGUUAAAGGACUUGGCCCAACACAAUGACUACACAGUGGUUUGUACUAUCCAUCAACCCAACCAAGAUAUGUUAAGCAUGUUCCAGAACAUCUUACUUCUUGGUAGAGGUGGUAAAGCUCUCUUCAAUGGUGCACCUUCGAAGAUAAGCUCUUAUUUUGAAAGCAUAGGAUACCCUAUUGUUGGAGCUGAUUCCAUUCUACAAGCUGCUCAAUUGAAGAAAGACAACCAAUCUGAUGCUGGGGUGAGUAACAAUAAUAUUGCAGAUGCUAUGCUUGAUUUGGUAGGGAAACAAAUCAAUGAAACCCUUGAAGACUCCCAAAAACGGGUAAUUGAACUUGCUAAGAUUUGGUGUCAAGAACAAACCAAUUUUUCACUAAAAACCACCGCCAAAGAUCUAUUAAUAGAAGAGUCCCCUACCACCAAGUUGUUUCCUAGUUCACAGUUUGAAAGGAAGAGAAACCCUAUGUUUUCACAAAUCACCACACUUACUAGGAGACAGUUUGUUAACUCCAUACGGUCGUUUGACGUUGUGUUUGCAAGGUACGUGCUGGUUAUAUUUUUGGCCAUUAUCUACGUAUUAUUUUUCACUCCACUUCGUCUGACUCAAGAUGGAAUCAAUAACCGGUUGGGUCUCGUGCAAGAAGUUCUACUCUUGUACUAUGUUGGUUUAGUGAACAAUCUUUCGUUAUAUCCGUUCGAAAGAGACCUCUUCUACACUGAAUACAGAGAUGGUAUCUAUGGGGCUGGUGAGUUCAUGGCUGCAUAUGCUAUUAAUGAAUUUCCGGCAGAAUUCCUUCCCUCAAUUGUGUUUAGCGUGUUAUGUGUGUUCUCCAUUGGGUUACCUAGAUCGAAUGAAAUGUUUUGGAGCUUCUUUAUAUGUUCCUUUGUGGUGAUUCUGUGUGGUGAAUCCUUAGGUAUCAUGGUUAACUCGGUCUUCAACCACUUGGGAUUGGCAACAAACUUGCUAUCUUCAUUGGUAAUUGUGGCUAUCUUCAUGGGUGGUACAAUGUCGUUGCAGUUACCUCCAUUCUUUAAAGCCUGGAACUACAUUAGUCCUUUGAAAUAUGCUUCGGAAAUUUUAAUGAAGAAGAUCUUCCAUGAGAGUACGACAUUCAGUUGUUCAGUGGGAAAAGUCACUGACGACUUCAGUUCUUGUACUUUAACCUCGGGUCCUAUCGUGUUGGAAAAUUACGGAUUUGUUCAUCAAUUGCCUGCUUUUUUUGGUGGCUUAAUUGCUUGUCUUGUGCUCUACAGAGUGUAUUGUGAAGUUUCCCUUCAUGCACAUGACGGGUUCGUCCCCUCGCCUCUGAGGAAACCAUCCAGUAACGUUGCCAGUGGCAACAACGUCAAUAAUAUUAAUGAAGGGACUUUCAACUCAAACGAUCCAAGCGUGGAAGAGUUUGAUUAUGUGGCACAUAUCAGACGUAUUUCUCAAGCAGCAGAUUUCGCCGGUACCGGCGCAGGUUCCAAUUUCCUUUCGUCAUACAUAUCGUCCCUUGAGUCCACUCUCAAACGAGACUACGAUAAGGAAGACAUCAAAUCAGAAUCCGUGGACUCCAAGAGUCCGCCAAUAGCACAUGUUGGUGGUAACAGAAAGGGAUCGGAAACCAAGCGAAUCCUUCAAUGUACAAACUGUUGGACCAAAUCCACUCCACUCUGGAGGAAAUCAAAUGCUGGAGAGCUAUUGUGCAAUGCCUGUGGAUUAUUCUACAAAUUACACGGAGUGCUCCGUCCUUUGAACCAACGCAACAAUAAUAAUAUCAACAACAAUCAUGCAACUCAUAUGGGACAUACUGGAUCUACCAAUGCUUCCGCAACACUGUCAGCAUACUCUCGAGACAAAAGAUGGGAUGUGGACAUGGAAACAGACACUCCACUAUCAAGGUCGCUUCCAACAGGUAUGGUAAACGACAAUGGGAUUGCUUUAGGGAUGUCCAUGACUAUGAGUCAGGGCCCAGAGUUCCAAGCAGCCAACGGGAACGUGGAUGAAAUUGAUAAAUUGUUGAACAUCAAUUUAUUUCAAAGUGAAUCCUUCACUAUAGGAGGAAACAGUGACCAGAAUCCCAUCGACAACAGCAUUAACAAUAAUAGCAACGGUGGUGCUGUGGACUACUCACAUAUGUCGACAUUCGGAGACGAAAUACUAUUUGAUCAAGUAAUGUCUCUGGCAAGUGGGGGUUCAGGUAUGGCCCCUACCACCGGUAACGGAGCAACGGAAAUGGACUCUAGUUGGAAUUGGUUAGACUUUGAACCUGCUGCUACCAAUGGGUAA